CAGGGGGGCGUGGCCCGGCCCGGUUCCGGGCCGCCGGGGAGCGCGCCGGGGCCAUGUCGGCGCCGCCGCCGCUGCAGAUCCGCGAGGCGAACGCACACCUGGCGGCUGUGCACCGGCACGUCGCGGAGUUGGAGGCGCGGCUGGACGCGGCGGAGCGCACAGUGCGCGCCCAGGCCGAGCGCCUGGCCCGCCACGACCAGCAGCUGCGCGCUGCCCUGGACGAGCUGGGCCGCGCCAAGGACUGUGAGAUUGCGGCUCUCCAGGAGCAGCUGCUGACCUCCGAAGCCACUGUCCACAGCCUGCAGGCUGCUGUACGCCAGAGGGAUGAGCUCAUUGGGCAGCUGCAGCCCCGGGCGGAGCUGCUGCAGGACAUCUGCCGUCGCCGGCCACCCCUGGCCGGGCUGCUGGCCGCCCUGGCGGAGGCUGAACGCCUGGGGCCCCUGCCAACCAGAGACCCCAGCCACCCACUCCCUGGUGGGCCCAGUCCACGCCUUGCCAACAGCACUGGGGAAGAGGAGGACAGGGACCGCCUGCAGCCUGCAGUGUUUGGGACCACGGUGUGAGCCCCGGAGCACAGAUUACACAAUGGAGACAGAGUUCCACUGCUGUGGGUGUCCUUGGGGGUCACCAGUGUCCCAGAGGGGGUCCCGUGACAGAGCCAUAAUCCUUUGCAAGCAUCAAAACCUGCUAAAAAGUCAGAUUUCAAACAGGCAGCCCGAGGCCCAAAGACAUAUUUAGUCCAGAGAGAUUUUUCUUUCUUUUUUUUUAAGAUUUUAUUUUUAAGUAACCUGUAGCUACACCCAAUGUAGGGUUUGAACUUACAACCCUGAGAUAGAGUCGCAUGUUCUACCAACUGAGCCAGCCAUGCCCCCCGCCCCCCUUUUAAACAAAACUUUACAUCAAUCAACUUGUUGAAAAAAUUGGCAACGUUUCACAAAAAUCUGGAUUUCUGGCUUCAGUCUUGGCCAUGCCUGCUUGGAUCUGAGCUCAGGGUAUCCCCUUUAGCCAAAGUGUGAGCCCACCUGGCUGCCUCAUCUCUCUUAGGGCUGCAUGUCUGGCCCCUGAAGCAUAUGAGUUUGAGAUCCCUCGCCUGUGCAGGCAGAUGGCAUCAAGUUUUUCUCCCCCUUUCCCCCCUGCCCUGAUUUUUGUUCCUUCUGAAGCAUCCCUCACCCCAGGCUAAAGCUUUCUUAUUCUUCAUCCCAGACAAGAACUGGGAACCUCAAGGCUUGUGCCGGUUUGCACUGGUUUUAUGAAGAUGAACUUUUAAUCCUAGAUUCUUUCCCCUAAGCUUGCCUGCCCGUCAACCUUUAACCCAGAAGAGAGCGGGGUGUGUGGGGGGGUGAGACAUACUGACAUGCUGGCGGCCGGGUUGGGGUGCUGCCCCAGGGAGAGCUCAGGCAUCCCUUUCCGCUGGCUGUUCCCUCUGCUUGGGACGCUCUUCCCCCAGAUGUCACAUGACCCAUUCCUUGUCACUCAGAUGUUUGCUAUGGUGAUCUCCGUGUGGUGAUGUGGGGGGUGGUGGGGGCCUUCCCUGCCUACCCCUGCUGUUACCCAUGGUUUUCUUCAGGGGAUGUCUUGUCACCAGAGUGUAAGCUGCCUGAGGGCAGCCCUCUUGUUCUUUAUUCUUUAUCACCAGCGCCAGGGGGGCACCCUGGGACCUCGGACCUCAGUAGGAACUGGAUGGGGUUUGUGGGCCCUGAAGGGAGCCAGGGGCCCCCAGCACAUCUGAUGCGGCCCCAGCAAGUUCGGCUUUUCUAGCAAACAGUUCGCUCCUUUUGAUAUUCCCUGGAGGAUCUAUUUUUAAACUCCUUAUUUCUAUGCUGCUCUUCUCGGCCAGAGACGUUCAGGGUGCCUUCCCCCCCUCCCCCAACCAAACCAGGGAACCCCCGUGCCUUUCUCUGGGCAGCCGGGUCCCACGUCUUCUUGCCUCCUUACUCAGGGAACCGUCCCAUCAGGAACCACCGAGGGGCAGGGCCUGUUUUGGCCUGGAAAGGUUGGUGUCUGUCCCCAGCCCUCAGGAUGGUGCCGGCCUGCCUGGUGUCUAACACUGACCCCUCAGUGCAGUAACAAUGGCCCCAUUUUCUCUGGGUCAGUAAGGGGUGCUGCUUGUACAAGGGGAAGGCGGGCUGAGGCCUGCCUGAGUUUAAGAAUAAAUUGGACGAUUUCCUUGCCUUGG